AGCUGCGUCAAGUCUGCCUAAAUAAACGAAGAAGAAGAAGAAGAGCGGAAGUUGACUGACGUCAUUUUGAAAAGGGCACAUCGUUUCCAGGGAAACCGGAGUUCCUACCAACCUCCCAUGUUUGCUUUUCCUAGUUGUGGUGCAUAUUAAGGAUUCUUUGUAAUGGCAAGCCACUGGACCCCUUCUUCUGUUGGUCGGCCAGCGAGCCGUGGAGGUUCUCAGAUAUCGAGUGCCUUGAGACCCCUCUCUGCGAUCAGGCCUCCUCCAACAUCUAGCAGAGCUGCCACUGGGAUGGUUCCCAGUACAGCGAGCCGUCCUGGCACAAGGGGAAGCCGGCCGGUUGCCAUCCCUGGAGUGCUGUCAGCCCACAUACAAGUGACUGAAAGACCUGUAACCCAGCAGGGGCUCAGUGGGAUGACCACAGGCAUCAAAGGACCACAGAGACAGAUCUUGGAUAAGUCCUACUACCUUGGACAACUAAGGAGUAAAAUCAAUGAGUUGACAACAGAGACCAGCAAAUUGCACAAAGAAAUUGACAACUUUAACCAGGAGAACUCUGUCUACCUGUCCUAUGAGAAAAGAGCUGAAGGACUUGCUGGAGAGAUCAGGGAUUUACAAGGCCAGCUCGCUGACUAUAACAUGCUCGUUGACAAGCUUAACACCAACACUGACAUGGAAGAAGUGAUAAAUGACCACAACAUUCUUAAAGUGAGAAAUGACCGAGAAGCUGAGAGUAUGGAUGUAAUAUUCACUGAGAGACGAGAGAGGGAGGAGGCAAUCGGUGUAACAGGGGAAGCGAUCCAGAAAGAAAGACAUAUUGCUAAUGAGGUUAUUAAGGCCCUUCCACCUGCCGAGCAUGACAAAUAUGCUGCCAUGAUGCUGACAAACGAAGAACUGCUUCAGGAGCAAUCCGUUUGUCAGGAGGAGCUGGAAGCCAUGCUGACAAGAAAGGUGACUUUAGACGCGGAGCUGUUCCACUCACCCAUGAAACAAGAGGCAAUUUGCAUCCAAGAGAAGCUCUUGAUGCUAGAAGCAAGACGUGACUCCAUGGUGGCUGAGAACAAGAGCUUUGACUCACCCCAGGAAGAGAGGGAGAGACUAUUUAAACAGGUAAAGGAAGACAACCAAGAAAUUGCCAGCAUGGAUAGACAGUUGGGGGAAAUGAGUGAAAGAGGAGAGCAGAUUACAGAGGAGAUCAGUCAACUAGAACACCACACAGACGAGGCCCAAGUGGAAUGUGGUCAGAAGUACAAGGAGCUGAAGAAGAGGGAGGAGGAAAUAGACCGGUUCUUGGAGUUGUUUGAAGAGACAAGGAUCCAGGAAACGUCAAAGAGCACACAGCAGCAAAGUAAUAUUGUGAUCCUCCUUGAACAUUCCAGCAAGAACCUUUCAAGCCUACAUCAGAUAGCAAGGGUGACGGUGGGUCAAUUGAAGAGCAUGCACGAGGUGCUGUCCCACAAGGAGAAGGAGGUCGUCCAAUCCCAGACGACUGCCAGGGGACUAACAACUGAGUCCCACAGGCUUCAGCAGGACCUGGAGAAGGUCCAACAGCUAGAGGGCAAGAUAACCGAGGAACUGGGCACCCUCAAGGAGAAGAUCGUCUCAAUGAAGGCUGAACUAGUCACCUUCGGUGACCUGGACACCCUGAAAAAUACAGCCGAGAGCAGGAAGAAGACACUGCAAGACGACAGUAUCUCAAUGACUCAACAACGUGAUUAUUUGAGACAGCUUUUACAAUUAAACAAGAACUAUGAAGUAUUGAAAAUGAAACUCAAAGAGAACGAGACAAAUGCUCAAUUGGCAAACAUGGAAAGAAAGUUGCAGCACUUGGAGCAGAACAACUUCGUCAUGAAGGACUUCAUUGCGUCGAAAGCCCAGGAGAGCAACUAUGGCUUAGUGACCAAGACUGUCAUUGGGCAGCUGAACGAGUACAACCGAGGCCUCACAGAUGUACAGCAGAACAACAGGAGUUGAAGAUCCACAAACUAACCUUGUGUAGCUCUCUAAUGUGUAAAAUAAAAUAAACGCUUUUUCAAAAUAAAUGUUUAUAUAUUAACACAUUUAAUAUUCAGCAAACAAAAUUUGCCAUAAAUUAUGAAAGUAGUCAAUAAACAAUAUAAAUCGUACAUUGUUUUGUUUUUUUGCUUUGGAGAGUAAUUGGGUGGAUUUUAUGGUCCUAAACUUUCUACAUUUACCUGAGGAAGAAUAUAUUAUGUGUUUGUGUGCGCACCUAAUGUGCAGACUUAUAUGAAGGACAGCGGUGACAAACAUUAAUAAAAUCGUAAUAUGUCACGCCCCCCUCAGACGCAAUAUUUAGCAAUCCAAAGAAGAGUAUACUCCUGACAUGAGCCAUACUUAGGUGCAGAAAAUAUGUAAUAAAUAGAAUAUCUAAAUAUAUAUAAAGACGGCAAUAGAUUUUAUUUUGCAUCAGAUUUGCUUGUAUUCUGUGUGGCAGGGAACACGUUUUGUUGAGAUUUACAUUCGCACCGGCAUUUUCCCUUUGUGCUGUGUUGUUGCAAUUUCUUUGAGAUAUUGUGUCGAGGAUUGAUAAGACUUCCAAACAAAGUAGCACACAAUGGUGUAUAAUAAUGUAUGCAGAGGGAGCACCAAUCAUGUUUUUAAACAGUUCCAUGCCCUUGCAGGACCGCGUCUUCACUUUUUCAGUGGCAGAAUGCUCGUUAGGGAAGUUACUAAAGGAAGUUAAAUGAUGAGGCAUCUAACAAGGGGUCCUUGGGAUCUCACAACCAGCGGCUGCUGGGCAAAGCUCAAAACAAAGAUGAUGCAAACAUAUGUCCAAUGUUAGUAAUGUUUAAUGUUUAUCUCUUAAAUCACUUAAUUUAUUGAAAACAACUACAAUGAUUGUUUUCUUAAAUUAAAACAUGCAGCAAGAUAGCAGAAAUAAAUGAAAACAAGAACAGAAUACAGCAGCAUAGUCUUUCUUAUGGAAUAAACCAGAGAUCUCAAUCCAAAGUCCAAAUAUCCACAAAGAGGUGAUAAGAGUAAAGACAAAAUCAAAAAAGUAUAACACCAAAUGGAUGGAUGUCAAAAAUAAUUCUACACAGAUGAGAACCUAUCCAAUAAUCCAAAGCAAAGAACCAUAACCCUAUUUAUUAACUCUUGAGUCGGAUCUCCCCAUCGAGUGCUUGCUGAUCCUUUGGUAUUCAGACAGGACAAACUAUUAUUUUCUUACAUAAGAACACAACCUUGUAGUUUUCCUAUUGUUCUUCCUCUCUCCACAAAAAAAAGAAGAAAAACAACAUUUAUUUUCACCCUUUUCUUAACUUCCUGUUCCUAUGUUCUGAGUUAUAGUGUUCCUAUAAAAAGAGCAGGCACGUGCAGAGAGGGGGGGCUAUGGGUGCCCGAGCCCCUGCCCUUUUCCCUCUGAAGGACCAAAGUGCCCUUUUGA